UUUUGUAAACCAAUUUAUGACGUGGACUGGAUCUCAAUAAAAGGGUGUUCAUGUUGGAGGUCCAUUUACCAACUAAAAUAGGUGGCCUUCAAAAACUGUUAGUAUCAUCAUUUCUUUAAUUUACAUUAUUCCAAUCCAACAGCAAAGUUUUCUUGUAUUGGUUGAGGAGUCCAUUCAAUUAAAUCAUGUUUAGGUUGUUAAUUACAUUCAUUAAAUCCUAAUUAUUGUAUGGUCAGGAGCCUUGAAUGAUUAGUCCAUUGCAAAAGUGAAUCUAUUUCAUUUAUGGUGACUGUAGGUUGAAGUCAUGUAAGAGAAUAGGAGAGACCAAACAUUUGAUCAAAUUUAAUGAUGUCUGUAAUUGAAGUGAAAUGGAAUGUCAAGUUUUGACAGUAGAAUGAAUAUUCCAAUUGUCAGUUGAGUGGACCACCUUAUUUUAGCUUGUGUUGUGUUUUUCAUUAAAGAAGAGAUUGCAUUGCUAAAUCACGCAUUGCUUUAGCUUCACUCCUACUCAAUAAUCCAUUUAUAAAUUUAUUUUUUUGAAUAAGGUCGUCAUCAUCAUCAUCAUCAUCAUCAUAUUCACCACUGCCACUCCUUGUAUUUCAACAACGCUUGCCUUUUUCUCUGAUUUGUCUUCUUUUCCAAAGUGCCUAUCAAUCUUUUCGAAAAUGGGCACACCAAAGCCCUCGAGAGGAAAGGUACCUCUGUCGAUAAUUACAUUCGUGUUUUGUUCCUUGGCAUUUCUCGCACUCUUGUACACUGAGAGAAUUAGUUCUUUCUCUUCCAGCACCAUAUUCAGGUUUAAGCCUUGUGCCAACAAAAACGCUCCUAAAAAGUCUUUUAAAGAUAAGAAAAAUGUGGGUGCUGGUGCAUUGAACUAUGCAGCAGACGACCGGUUUGUGUUUGAUCCAGAGGAAUGCACACUUGAUCGUGGAAAAUGGGUGUUCAAUACUUCGAUUAAACCUUUGUAUUCAGACAGGACAUGCCCAUAUUUAGACAGACAAGUUUCGUGCGUUAAGAAUGGAAGGCUCGAUUCUGAUUACAGGCACUGGGAAUGGCAGCCUGAUGAUUGCAUAUUGCCUAGGUUUGAUCCUAAAACAACUCUGCAAAAAAUUCAAGGGAAGAGGCUAAUGUUUGUAGGGGACUCGCUGCAAAGAGGACAAUGGCAAUCAUUGGUUUGCCUCGUCGAAUCUGUAAUCCCAGAAGGAAAGAAAUCCAUGAAACGAGGCCGUACGCAUACCAUCUUCAAAGCCAAGGAAUACAAUGCCACGAUUGAGUUCUACUGGGCUCCGUUCCUGGUGGAGUCGAACACAGAUGUUCAUAUAAUCGCAGACCCAAAGAAGAGAAUAUUGAAAGUUGAUUCGGUUGACAAGCAUGCCAAACACUGGAUAGGAGUUGACAUUCUUGUAUUCAAUACUUAUGUUUGGUGGAUGAGUGGCCUCAAGAUCAAGUCAUUAUGGGGUUCCUUUGCAAAUGGAGAAGAAGGAUAUGAAGAACUCGAUGCGGCAGUUUCGUACAAACUUGGACUGAAAACAUGGGCAAAUUGGGUGGAUUCAAAUGUCAAUCCCAACAAAACAAAAGUGUUUUUCACCACUAUGUCUCCCACUCAUCAAAGAAGUGCGGAUUGGGGAAAUGAGAAAGGGAUAAAAUGCUUCAACGAAACAAGACCAGUAAAAAAGAAACGGCACUGGGGCACAGGGUCAGACAAGCGGAUAAUGAGCGUUGUGGCUGGUGUUGUAUCGAGGAUGAAAGUACCUGUUACUUUGUUAAAUAUAACUCAACUAUCAGAAUAUAGAAUCGAUGCUCACUCGUCAAUUUACACUGAGUUAGGGGGAAAAUUGUUGACAGAAGAAGAAAAGGAAGAUCCAUUGCACUAUGCUGAUUGCAUACACUGGUGUUUGCCUGGAGUUCCUGAUACCUGGAAUAGAAUACUUUAUGCACAUUUGUUGUUUUUGUAGUAGAAAAAACACGUGAACAAAAAAGAAGCCUGGAAAUUAAGAAAGUGGUGCUUUUUACAUGUGUCAUUUGAGCAACAAGAUAUGUCAAUGAUGCAUGAUUUUAAUCUGAUCUGUUGUAUUUACUUGAUUUUCUUUUGUUUUGGUAUAGACAUUUAGAUGAUGUAAUAACUGUAUACUUUUCUGAUUGCUGAUUUUUUUAUCUUCUCAUUUGGUUU